CCAGCACCAAGCAGCAUCAGUGGGAUGCAGAGUUGAGGAAGGAGAUUUCCUCUGUUUGGGCCAAUCUGCCCCAGAAGACCCUGGAUUUACAGGUGCCACCCCAUAAACCUGAUGAGAUGACCGUAGGAAAGGUGUAUGCUGCUCUGAUGAUACUUGACUUCUACAAACAGAACAAGACCCCCAGAGACCAGAUCCACCAGGCCACGGGAGGCCUGUCCCAGAUGGGCCCUGUGUCCCUGUUCCACCCUCUGAAGGCCACGCUGGAGCAGACACAGCCGGCUGUGCUCCGAGGAGCCCGGGUUUUCCUUCGGCAGAGGAACUCUGCGUCCCUCAGCAACGGCGGGGCCGUACAAACCCAGGAGAGUGGCAUCAAGGAGUCUGUUUCCUGGGGUACUCAGAGGACCCAGGAGAUCCCCUAUGAGGCAAGGACAACCCUGGAGCGUGGCCACUCUACAGAGAUCCCAGUGGUGCAGCCAGGAAAACAGGUGAGGGCUCCCAGGGCUGGGAAGCCAGGCUGGGGAUGGGGGAUGAGAUAA